UAGGUACUUGAAAUGCUGUUAGACCCAAACAGAGUUGUCAGUGGGCACUGAGAGAAGAAAAGAACACGCUGGGCAAAAUCUAAAGCAUACCCAUACAGCUAUGAAUAAUCUCACACCAGAUAUGGAUUCCUGUUUCUUUCAAUACUCGACUCCAGAAUUCUCCCCCGAAUCAUCGUCUGGCUCGCCAGAGCCCUUUUCUUGCUGGGAUGACCUCCUUCUCCACCACAAUUCCAUUCCUUUCAACUUCAACGACUCUGAAGAAAUGCUUUGGAUGGAUUUGUUGGCUCAAGGGCCUAAAGAAUCCUCAGAGUCCAACUCCACCGAUGGACUAAAGGAGGAAGAAGUUACUUCAGACGCUAAACAGGAGGAGCCCAAGAAAGAAAAAACUUAUCGAGGGGUCAGGAAGAGGCCAUGGGGAAAAUAUGCAGCUGAGAUUAGAGAUUCAACCAGAAAUGGUGUCAGGGUUUGGCUAGGAACAUUUGACAGCGCUGAAGCAGCUGCUUUAGCUUAUGACCAAGCAGCAUUUUCAAUGAGAGGGUCAUUGGCUACUCUCAAUUUCCCAAUAGAAGUCGUCCGGGAAUCGCUUCAGGACAUCAAGUAUCGAUGCGAGGAUGGUUGCUCUCCUGUUGUGGCUCUGAAGAAGAGGCACUCCCUUAGGAAAAGGUCAAAGAACAAGAAAAGCAAACAAAACGAGGCCGCAAGGCAACAGCAAAAUUUGGUGGUGUUGGAGGAUUUGGGGGCCGACUACUUGGAGCAACUUCUAAGUUCAUGUGAAACGGCUGCUCCUAGGUAAAAUUCUUGCCAUGAGGCAGGGGGCAGGGGCUGUUCCUUGCAAUUUUUUUAUUCCAUUUCAUUCUUGUUGUUUUCUUGAUUUCAUUUGAAUCUCGGAGCUGUCCGACUUUUCUUGGGGGGCUGAUUAGAGGGCUGUUGAAUCUUGUUCCAUAGUUCAUCUUAUCUGAUUUUUGGUUUUUUUUUUUUUUUUUUGUAAAGUUGAAACUUGAAAAUGAUGGAAAAUGUAAAAACUUCACCUUUAUGUUAUCUGCCUCAA